CAAGAGGCUUACUGUGUUUUACUCCAUAUUUAUGCCCCCUGUUUGUGGUAUGGACCUAUGGCCUCAAAUAACAAGCUUUCUAUUGUUUUGGUUAAAUUAAUAUAGUGUUGACUAUUAGUCAUAGGUCACCAACACAUUUGUAAAAUUAGUAAUGCAGAAUGACAAAAUACUAUUGAACCAUGUUAGCCUUAUACUAGGAGUCAAUGGAGACACACCUUUCCUUCUAUAACCCCAAUUAACAUGUGAUAAGCUUUUAGUUUAGCACCAUUUGUGUGAUUUUGUUGUAUCACAUUUGUGAGAAAAAUAAAAAUAGCGUGGUGCUGAGUGUAUUUUUCAUUUUAUUCAAGCAAUUAUGCAGCAAAACUGACAAAAAGUUCUUGUUGGUAAAUCUAAUUAAGACAUUUUUUGUAGUUCUAACAGACAUUUUAACGUAAGCCAUAAUUUUUCUUUUUUACAUAUAUUUCAAUAUCGAUGCAUGCAUUUUGAUGCAUACCUAUGGAACAACAGUUUGUUUUUUCAAUUGCAUCGCAUGCACAUGAAAAUAUCACAUCAUGGCUUCAGUGCUUUAAGGGGAACAGAGGUCAAAAUUUUGUUGUUGUUUUUUUCGUUUGAAAUGAAAGAGUAUGAUGAGACCUGUUUUUUAUUUAUCUAUUUUUACUUAUAAAUAAGAGCAAUUUAAAAUUCCAAUGGUCAUAUAGUUGUGCAGUUGUCUACAUACUAACUGUAAGUAUAUAUGUAAUACGAGGAGCCUUCUCCUAUUACAUAUACUCUAGUUAGUAUGUAGAUCAACAAUAUUAAGACCACCAAAGCUAGCAGGUGACCAGAAACUUGGAUAUGUUGACCCUGAGGCGUAUAAGCAUAUUGAUAGUAUACAUAUCGCAGUAGAAAGCUUAAAUGACACAGCAUGUUUAGCUUCCAUAUGAUGUGAGUUUAUUAAAACGACAUGCAUCUAUUACAUCUAUUACUAAUGUUGUUCUCUAUCUCUACAAGAAAAUUUAAAUAAAAAUUUUCUAAACCGUCCCCUUUAAGCACAACCUAAUGUUUUUUACUUUAGCAGAGAAUAAGAGGUUGGAAAUUUCUCCAAGCUACCUCAGUUCCUAUGUAUUAUGGUCAUUUUUAAGUUGUUUCUAAAUGAGAUGUGAUUUCAUUUGAUUCUAGAAAUCCAUCUUACCCCAACGACUUUGUUGUGAAAUUUUAAGCAGGCUGGACAUAUAUUGACAUAUUUUAUCUUUUGUAUUAUCAGUAAAGGAAAGAUUUAAAGCUCUAAUUUUGAGGCAAUAAAAUGUUCUAUGUACAAAACCUGUUACAAAAUGAUCUCUCUUUUUGAUUUUUUUUAUAAAUAAUUUGUCAAUUCUUGACAACUUUGACCUCAAUUGGACAAAAUAUAAAGGAUUAGUGAAUUUCCAUGUUGAUGAUAACUUUUUUACUUACAGAAGUAUUUUAUUUUUACUAAGAUCUCACGACUAAGAUGUUUUGUUGUUUGAUAAAACAUUUUGACAGCCAUUGGAUACGGUAAGACAAACUGCUGUGAAAAGGAUUGAAAUUUAUUUAACAUGUCCUGAACAGCUUGACAUUUUAUAUACAUUUCUAAUCUGUCAAAGGAAGAGAUUUUUUAAUACAUAAAAAUUCAUAUUUUCUUAUAUAAUUGAUUUUUUUUUAAUUACAAAUCGUGGGAUAUAGAAGGAUUAAAUUUUAACUUUCGUCUUUGCAAAAAUUAUUAUAUAAAUAAAUAUCCAUAUUCAUAUAAUUUUCGUUGAGUUUGAUUUUAAACGCAAGCAGUUUUUAAAACACACAUUGUGAGUUUGCACAGAUGGACAAACUUGAGGUAAAAGCAACGCAAAAACUGGCAAUGGCUGGUGAGUGCAAUACACACAAACGCCAAUUCACCUUUAAAUGGCAGUUGAAGUUCAUCGCAAUGAUUAUCUUUACAGCGUGCUUGUUUUUCCUCAAAAUCAUCGUCGGACAAGUUUCCAAAUCAAUGGCUUUAGUAGCUGACUCUUUUCAUAUGAUCACAGACUUCGCAGCUUUAACUGUUGGAUAUUUAGCACUUAAACUUGCCAAUUCACGGACUAAAAAGGGUAAACUUCAAUCCGAAAAAUUCACAUUCGGGUGGAUCCGUGCUGAAGUAUUAGGUGGCUUGAUCAACACAGUGUUUUUGUUUGCGCUUUGCUUCUCUGUGUUUGUGUCGUCGCUGAAGCGCUUAAUCGUGCCAGAAAAACUUGAAAGACCCAACCUUGUUUUGAUCGUUGGUUGUAUUAGCUUAUUUGUUAAUUUUGUUGGAUUGUUUUUGUUCCGCUCCAGUAGAGACAACUUUUGCCAGUGUUGUUUCACCUUGAAGAAGAAAGAUACUUCAAUUGAGGAAGAAGCUUUGAUGCAAACAGACAAUGCAGACAAAGUGGAAGCAAAAAAACUGAAGCCCAUAACGAGGGUGAAAGAACUAACGUGGCAGAAUGAAUAUCAAACGCCGCACAGCGUCAACAUCCGCGGUGUCUACCUCCAUAUUCUCGAACAUUUCUUGGCCUCCCUCAUCGUGAUUAUUUCAGCAACAAUUGUAAAACUCUCCAAUGCUUCUUGGACACUGUACGUGGAUCCUGUGUUUACCAUUCUCGUUGUGUUGAUGAUACUGUAUUCCACUGUGCCCUUGUUUCGAGAAACAAUUAUUUUAUUUAUGCAAUCUGUUCCAGCAAACAUUCAAGUAAAGGAUAUGGAGGAGCGUCUUAUCCGUCGGUACUGUCCGUGCACGAGUUCCACUUGUGGCAACUUGGUGGUGAUAAAAUCGUAGCAUCAGCCCAUAUUUUGUUCGGAUGUGCAGACGAUUAUAAACAAAACUCUGAAGAUGUGAAGUUGUUCUUUCAAAACGAAGGCAUCGCCUGCAUGACUUUUCAGCCAGAAUUUUUACCGCCUAAUUCAGAUGUGCACGAUCCUGAUGUUAUACUGCGCUCCACCUCGGGUUGUUUUUAUUCAUGUUCUAAAGAUGAUAAUUGUGUUGCUUUAACAUGUUGUGGAGAACAAAACAGUAACGAUGGAGAGUGCAGAAACAGAGAAGGGAAUAGGCGUAGUAUGAUAUACGAAAGUGGUAUUUAACAGCGGCUACGCUUAGCAAAAUUGUGUAGGGUUGGGUGGGCGAGACAAGUAAUCUCUUGCCUUGCCUAAUCGCGAAUUGCCGAGAUAACAUUUUCUCUUAAUAAAUUUUUAGGUUUGAGCGCGUAAAAUUUUUAAAAUUCAAUGUACUGUGUAAGGUGUUUGCUUUUGCGCCAUAUCACUUAAUGUUUUUAUCCGGCGCGAGUUUUGAUUGGUCAACAAUAAGCGUUUUUAUUCGUCAACGAUGUAAAUCAAUAAAGAUGUGAGCAGAUCGAAGACAAUAGUUCUACAAUUUUGUACGACUUAGUCACUUUAAGGGAAAUAAUUUCCGCGAAUUUUGAGAGAUUUUUUUUUGCAAAUUACCGCGGAAAUUAAAAUCUUGUCUUUUUGUAAAACGAUUUCCACUAAUUUUUGUCUUCUGUGCGUUAUAAAUCUGUGAAUUUCAACUUCAGUCAGCAUUGGCUUAUCGUUCGUAUGUUAUGCUUGUUUCGUAUACAUACCAUGUUCGUAUCGUAUCUCCUGACCGUUUAUCUCAGACUUGUUGUCUUAGCAACGUACUUUUUUUGAAAGUUGACUUAUUUCUACGAGUUGAUUUUGUACUAUUCGCAAAUUUUACAUUUUCUUUGGGGGAAGGGAACUACGAAUUCAUGAUUUGAUGUGAUUUUUUAAACCGUCUGUGUUUGUAGACCGCUAUUUGAUUUUCUUUUAACUUUUUUAAAAAUUCUUUCACUUUAAAACCCGGCACUGAAGGAUCGUUUUAUAGGGGGGCCUUAGAGGGCUUAUUCUUUAAUAUUAGUAUUGGCGAAUGGUGUUUUCUUUAAAGUGGAAGGUUAUUUGAUUGCAAUGUGUACUGCUUUUUUUUUGUAUAAAAUUUUUAAAGUUUGUAAAUUUAUUUUGGUAUUAUUUUUUGCUGUAUGUACACCUGUUAUCAUGCAUUCAUUUUAAAAAUGCUGAAUUUGAUAUGAGAAUAUAUUUUUAAAAUCA